AUGUACCCAGUGCUGAGGAGUCUCACUCUUCAGCUGCACUCUGCCAUCACUGGCAGCUACAUCUCUGGGACUCACUCCAUUGCCUUCAUCAAUUGCCUGAACGAGCAGAUUGCCAGGGAUAUUGCAAGGGCCAUCAUGGAUAAGAAGCUGGCUGCCUACGUGAACAUCCUCCCGAAGAGCUCGGCCUUGUAUUUCUGGGAAGGGGAAGUGGAAGAAUCCACUGAAAUACUGCUGUUAGUCAAAACAAGGACAUCAAAAAUAGGCGAAUUGUCCAACUAUGUCAGAUCCAUCCAUCCCUUUGAAAUUCCUGAAACCAUCAGCCUGCCUAUUGACCAAGGAAACCCUCUCUACCUCAAAUGGCUGGAGGAAAGUGUCCCACGGGACUAA